AAACUAUAUUGAAUUAUCAACAUGAUGCGCUUCGAAGUCGACAAAAUGAAGUGGACGCUGACGCUGUUAAUAAUCUGUCUGGCAUCGGACCUAGUCAGCUCUGAGACAAAUUUGCCACCUGUGUUUACACAAACGCUCAACAAUAUCGUACUGUACGAGAAUAAGCCGGUGGGCUCAGUGGUCUUUCGGUUAAAAGGCUACGAUCCUGAGGAGAGCAAUGUCACAUUUGGCUCCAUUGGCUCCGAUCACUUCAGCGUGGACCCAAUUUCGGGAAAUAUAACACUGGUUAAGCCAUUGGAUCGCGAGGAAACGGAUAGCUUGACGUUUUUGGUAUCGAUCAGAGAUCGCGUGGAUCCAAAUGGCGAAUCCGAGCAGGACAAUGUGGUGGAACAGCCAAUUACAUUCAUCAUACUGGAUGAGAACGAUAAUCCGCCAGAGUUUCAAAAUACCCCCUAUGAAGCGGACGUUAAUGAAGAUGCGGCUGUUGGUACCACAAUAUUCGACAAAAUCUUGGUCAAGGACCGCGACACAAUCGGUGACAGCCUUGAUCUCAAAUGUGUGCCACAGCAGCAAAGUCCUGAAGCGUGCAGCAAGUUCCAUUUGCAAUUGCUAACGCGGGAGGCUACUAUCCUAACGGCUGCUGUGGUGGUCAACGAUACCUUGAACUACAACCAGCGCAUGAUCUAUCACUUCCAAAUCGAGGCGACCGAUGGAGUGCACAAAACCCAAACCACUUUUGAGGCACGCGUCAAGGAUGUGCAGGAUAAGCCGCCAGUCUUUCAGCAAUCCCUUUCAACGGUCAUCGACGAAGAUAGUCCCAUUAACACUUUGGUGCUCACCGUUCAGGCUCGUGAUGGCGACAAGGGCGAACCACGGAAAAUUGUCUACGAUUUACUGAGCAAUCCCAAUGAUUACUUUCUGCUGGACGCAAACAGUGGCGAACUUCGCACUGCGAAGCCUUUGGAUCGUGAGGCCCUGACAGAUUCUACUGGCUUGAUUUCACUGGUGGUACGGGCCCGCGAGGUGGUGAAUGAUGUGCCUAGUGAUGACCCCUUGACGAGUGCCACGGCCAGAGCUACUGUGACCAUACGCGAUGUGAAUGACUCUCCACCCAAAUUUAACAAGAAGGAAUACGAUGUAGCGCUGCCCGAAAACACCCCAGAGGGCACUCCACUGGCCCUAGACAUGAGCGUCAGUGAUGCCGAUGUGGGCAUCAACUCGAAGUUUGCGCUGCGCUUAGAGGAUGUGUCCGGGGUGUUCGACGUGGAGCCUAAGCUAGUCACCGGCUACUCACAGGUAAACAUACGUGUCGCCAAUGGGACUCUGGACUACGAGAAUCCCAAUCAGCGGAAGUUCAUAGUGUUGGUAAUUGCGGAGGAGACGGAUACGAAUCCGAAGCUGUCCUCCACAGCCACCAUAACUGUAAGUGUGCUGGAUGCUAAUGAUAACAAGCCGAGCUUCGAGCAGGAGAGCUACUCGGCUAUAGUCUCGGAGGCAGCGUUGCCCGGACAGUACAUAACUACGAUUACCGCCAAGGAUGUGGACUCGAGCAGUUUUGGUGAUGCAGGGAUACGCUACAGCCUCUCCGGCACUGGCGCCGAGCUGUUCCAUGUCAAUGAGCAAACGGGCGUCAUUACCCUGGGCGAUUGCCAGAGCGAGAGCAACAGGCGCCAGCGACGUGACCUCCAUGAGAAUGACAGCGAUGGUCACGCACUCGAAAUGCUUUCCAUGGAGGCGGAACACAGCCUCGACCAGCGACAGAUUAACACAGAGCCCACCGUGCAAUACACGUUAAUCACGCAGGCGCCGUUGCAGCCGGAGACAGCAGCAACAGCAGCAGAAGCAGGAACAACGGCAACUUCAGCGGUAGCGGCGGCAGCUGCUAAUGACGACAAAGCCGCCAGCAGCAAGGCGCCGGCGACGUGUCUGGACUAUGAAACGGAGACCACGUACUUCUUGUCAUACAAGGCCACCGACGACAAUGGACAAGGUCAGACCUCUGUGGUCUCCCUACGGAUAUCAGUGAGCGAUGCCAAUGACUCACCGCCCGUAUGUGAGAGUCCCCUCUACAGGGCAAGUGUGGAUGAGGGCGCCUUGGUCUUUGAUUCGCCACUGGUUGUUAAGGCGCGCGAUGCGGACACCAUGUCCAGCAUUAGCUACCGGAUUAUUGGCUCACCGCAGAUCGAGAGCAUCUUUGACAUUGACAAGCGAAGCGGCCAGAUCAGCAUACGCCCCAAUGCCAGCCUGGAUGUAACGAAUCUGAAGAGCGAGCAGCUCAUAUUUGUGGUCGAAGCCAACGAUGGACUCUUCACGGCCAACUGCGGCGUCAACAUUACAGUGCGCGAUGUCAAUAACCAUGUGCCCAACUUCCAGCAGCAAAACUACAGUGCCGUCGUUGAAGAGAACUCGGAGAUCGGAACCAGCGUUGAGAAGCUGCAGGCCACCGACCUGGAUACGGGCAAGAAUGCGGAGCUACGCUACCGCAUACAACAGGGCAGCUUCAAUGACUUUGACAUUGAUGAGCGCACAGGCGAGGUGUUUGUCUCCCGCAAGCUCGACUACGACAGACGCAACACAUACCACCUGCAGGUGCAGGCGGCCGAUCUGGGCACGCCCAGUCUGACGGGCACCGCCACAUUGACAAUCAAUGUGCAGAACAGCAACGACAAGGAUCCCUACUUCGUGCCCGCCACACAGCAUGCUGAGGUGCGUGCAGAUGCGCCCACUGGCCACCUGGUCUACACACUGAUCGCUCUAGAUCCCGAUGUGGCCACGCACAAUGCCCUCGAGUUUGCUGCCACCGAUGACAUCACGGCCAUCGACAAGGAGGGCAAGGAGCUGCCCCACAGCGAACAGUUCAAGGAAUACUUUGCCAUCGCUCGCAAUGGCAAGGUUCUGGUCAACCGGCAAUUGGAUCGCAAUCUCUUUGCGGUAAUGCGCAUUAAUGUCCUCGUCACAGACAGCACUGCGCCCAAUGUGCAGCAAGGACGCGGCCUGCUCAUCAUUCAGAUCAUCGAUGUGAAUAAAAUACCACCGAGAUUCAAUGCACCCUGGAGCCCCGAACAACCGGUGAUAAAGCUGCAAAUGGUCGAGGAGCAGCCAGUCGGCACCGUGCUGACCACAUUGCAGGCCAGCGACGAGGACUCCAGCAUUGGCGAGUUCAACAUAACGGCCAAUGAUUACUUCGCCAUCAAUCAUACCACAGGCACCAUCUAUACAACUGCCCGGCUGGACUACGAGGCCGUCAAGGAGGUGAAACUCACGGCAACAGUCAGCGAUACCGGCGUACCGCCACUGACAGCUACGGCGGACAUUGUCAUCGAUAUCAUCAACCUGAAUGACAACGAGCCGCACUUCACCCAGGCUGAAUACUAUUUCAACAUCACUGAGAAUUCACCACGUGGCACAGUUGCUGGCAAAGUGGAGGCCCACGACAGCGAUGUAGGGGCCUUCGGCGAGCUGACGUACACCCUGAUAGGCGAGAAUAAUAAAUACUUUAGCAUCGAUGCCUACACGGGCAACGUGAUGGUAGCCAAUGCAUCCAUAUUGGAUCGCGAGCAGCUGAAAGAGCUCACGCUUUCCGUUGUGGCACAGGAUAAGGCGCCAGCCACGGUACAGAAAUCGGCAACAGCAACGAUACACAUCAAUAUUUUGGACGUGAAUGACAAUGCUCCAGUCUUCACCCGUUCCGUGUACAAUUCGACUGUUUCGGAAAAUGCAGCAUAUCAGCCGCCGGCUGCACUGCUGCAGGUGCAGGCCAUUGACUUGGAUGAGGGACUAUAUGGGGAUGUGCGGUAUAUAAUAACAGCGGGCAAUGAGAUGGCAUUGUUCAAGCUUGAUGCACAGUCGGGCAUAAUUUAUCCAGCACAAAGUCUGGCUGGCAAGCAUGGUGUCUACGAGCUAACGAUCUCAGCUCGCGACACUCAAGGCUCGGGCACAAUGGAGACAACUGCAAAGGCCAUCAUUACAGUUCUGCGCGUUAAUCGCCAUCGUCCAGAGUUUGUGAUUCCGGCUCUGUCGAAUGCCACAAUCGAAAUACCCGGCGACAUCGUGCAGCCCGACUAUUUGCUACUGACCGUCAAGGCGUUGGACAAUGACACCGACGGUAUCGGAAAAGUCAGCUAUCAUCUGCAGGUGAAUAAUCAAAAUGUGCAGCAGACGGCUGAGUUCAAGAUCGAUGAGGCCAGCGGGGAGCUACGCGUCAGGCAGCAGCUCAAUCGCAAAACUCGUGCCAACUAUGAUAUCAUAUUGGUGGCACGUGAUGCUGGCAAUCCGCCAUUUGAGUCACUUCGCCUGCUGACCGUAAGCAUUGUAGAUGCGAAUGAGAAUCGACCAGAGUUUCCGGACGCCUCUAAUCCCUACAAGGUUUCAAUAAAUGAGAACAGCGGUCGCGACGUCAAGAUUGGACACAUUCAAGCCGCCUCGCGUAGCAAACACAAUCGGGAUAUAUUUUACUACAUGUUGCUGGGUAAUGAAGAUGGCGCUUUCUACGUGGACAAGCUGUCUGGAGAUAUUUAUACCAAUAAGAGUCUGGAUCGUGAGGAGACUGAUGCGUAUACUCUGUACAUAUUGGCCAGCAUCAAAGCGGAUUUACAUAUAUCUGAAGAGGAGCGGGCCUCGUUUUCGAUCAAGACUCUGAAUCGAGACAAUACCGUCGCCAAGGUAGCUAUCACCGUGCUCGAUGUCAAUGACAAUGCGCCGGUGUUUGAGAAACCCGUUUAUUAUGCCGGCGUUAAUGCUAAUGCCAAAAUGAAUGCGGCCAUCACGAUAGUAAAUGCCACGGAUGCGGAUCAGGGAAAAAAUGCCAAGAUUGAGUACAUGAUCGUUGCCUCUAAUCUGUACAAAUUCGGUGCCACAAAAUCAACGGGUUCCAUUGUGCCAAGUCCGUUUGCCAUAUCGCAAGAUGGUCGUAUCACAGCCAAUACAAUGAUGGCGGAGUACAAUCAAGAUCGCUUUGAGUUGGAGAUUGUGGCUAGAGAGCUGGAGCAGCCGCAACGCUCGGCGAACACUAAAGUUAAUAUUUGGGUAUUUGAUGGUACUCAAUUGGUCAGGGUGAUUCUAUCCCGGCCACCAGAGGAAGUCUAUCAGGAGCAGGAAGAGAUUAUUGCUGAGCUACGCAAUGCCACACAGCAUCGCAUCAUUGUGGACGAAAUACGUUUCCAUUUGGACUCUAUUGGACGUAUUCGCAUGGAUUGGUGUGAUUUGUACUUCCAUGCCGUGGAUCCGCAGUCACAGCAAAUAGCGCCCGUCGAUGAAAUUCUGAAGGAUAUUGACAGAAACUAUGACUAUCUCAAGGAUUACUAUGCAGGAUUUGCCAUUGAGAAUGUUGUUCCUGCUUAUAUAGCGAUUGUGCAGGAUGAGUUUGAUUUGGCCGUGGCUGGUCUUGUGGCACUGGUCAUAGUGCUCUUUGUGGGCGUCAUUAGCUUCAUUGUGCUCUGCUGCUGUCUGAAGCAUUGGAAUCUCUCAGUGCCCGUAGAGACACGUCGCAAGGAGGCGUUGAUCAAAAAGCAAAUUAUCGAGGACUUGAAUACGACGGAGAAUCCGCUCUGGAUUGAACAAAAACUCAAGCUGUAUGAAGAGCAAGAGUUGACCAUGCAAGUAUUUUCGGAGCCUGAUCACAUAUCUAACUCAGAUGCGCCAGGUCAUUUAGAUCAUCGGAGUUCCCUGGAGCAGGUGCAUCAUGGCCAGUCGGUGGACAAUACGUAUGCCACCAUCCAGCCACGCAAUAAUCAGAAUCGUCUGACUGCCGGCUCUGGUGGGAACGGUGGUGGUGGCUCCAUUUCCAUGCGAAGCGGUGGUGCAGCCAGUGGCGGUGGACUUGGCGGUGCUGGUCUGCUUCUAACACGUAUUGAUCCGCAUGGCAAUGAUUUUGCGGACUAUGCAACGCUCCGCAAUAAUCGAGCUCCUUCUAUGUACGAGUUCACGGGCUCCACAUUCCAGGCACCAAUACGAGAUGGUGACGAUGCCGUAGCCGAGCUUAUUUAAGCAGUUCAAUCUGCAGCUAAAAUCUGAAUUGUAAAUGUUGUAGUAGCUAACUAUAUAGAGAAACCGUAGAUACGAUUUAGUUCAAUUCAUUUAAUUUUUGCAUUUUCCGAGUUAGCCGUUGCGUAAAUAUAACUUUAUACAAGUGCAUAUACAGACACGAUCAUAUACAUACAUAAUUAUAUUCAUAUACAUAUAUAUAUAUAUAUAUAGCGUAGUGGUAUAUAAUAAUAUGCUAACGAAUAUUUCAAGCUCAACUAAUCAAGAAACAAA